GAUAGAGAGCUUCAUCCAAGCUUCGAUGCCGGAAAACCCUAGAUAUGGAAUCCAUCCUCCUUCCCUCUCUUCGCUUCCAUAGCUCUUCUCCGCUUCCUCUCCGCCGCCAAUCACGGCUUCAUCCUCCGCCGCCCUCCGUCUCUGGCGCCGUUCGAGCUUCGGCCUCCAUUGACCCUGUCUACAAGCCCACCCCUCCCGAUCGCCCCCUCCGAACCCCUCAUAGCGGGUACCAUUUUGAUGGCACAACGAGGGUUUUCUUUGAGGGUUGGUACUUCAAGGUUUCGAUCCCGGAGUGCCGGCAGAGCUUCUGUUUCAUGUACUCGGUGGAGAGCCCGGCGUUCCCUAGUGGGAUGAGCACGCUUGACAGGGUGAUCCAUGGGCCGAGGUUUACUGGUGUUGGUGCGCAGAUCCUUGGUGCUGAUGAUAAGUAUAUUUGUCAGUUCACGGAUUUGUCUAAGAAUUUCUGGGGGAGCAGGCAUGAGCUAAUGUUGGGAAACACCUUUGUAAGAGCAGACAAUGCGACCCCUCCAAGUGGAGAGGUUCCUCCCCAGGAAUUUCGUAGUCGUGUUCUUGAAGGUUUCCAGGUCACCCCAAUUUGGCAUCAAGGCUGCAUUUGUGAUGACGGAAGGUCAAAUUAUGUGCAAACUGUAAAGACUGCACGCUGGGAGUACAGUACUCAUCCAGUAUAUGGGUGGGGUGAUGUUAAUUCUAAGCAAAAGUCAACUGCAGGCUGGCUUGCUGUUUUCCCUGUAUUUGAACCUCAUUGGCAGAUAUGUAUGGCAGGAGGAUUGUCUACAGGUUGGAUAGAGUGGGAUGGGGAGCGUUAUGAGUUUGAAAAUGCUCCAUCUUAUUCAGAAAAGAAUUGGGGUGCGGGCUUCCCUAGAAAAUGGUUUUGGGUGCAAUGCAAUGUCUUUGAAGGUGCCCAAGGGGAUGUUGCUUUGACUUGUGCGGGUGGCUUGAGAAAACUUUCUGGAUUGGCUGAUAGUUAUGAAAAUGUUGCAUUGAUUGGCAUUCAUUAUCAAGGAAUUUUCUAUGAAUUUGUCCCUUGGACUGGUACUUUGAACUGGGAGAUAGCUCCAUGGGGUCACUGGAAAUUGUCUGCUCUGAAUGAGAAACACAUGGUGGAAAUAGAGGCCACCACAAAAGAAUCGGGUUCUCCAUUGCGAGCUCCAACAGCGGAAGCUGGUUUUGUAACAGCAUGCAAAGAUACUUGUACUGCUGAUCUCAGGUUGCAGUUGUGGGAAAGACGAUAUGAUGGCAGCAAGGGCAAGAUUAUUCUGGACGCAACCAGCAACAUGGCAGCAGUUGAAGUUGGUGGAGGACCUUGGUAUCAAACAUGGAAUGGUACAGCAAGUUCGCCGGAGGUUAUCAGCCGUGCUCUCAGAGUUCCUGUUGAUAUGGAAAGUCUAUUUCCUGUUCCUUUUUUUAGGCCGCCUGGUCUUUAGAUAAUCUUUUGAUUUUUUAUGCUGUAAUUGUAGAUUGUUUUUCAAACCUUUCUUCCACCUCUCAGAGUUUGUUACAGUUACGUAGAACAUGACAUCGAAAAUUCAUAAUCCAGGAGCUUUUACUUAUUACCCUUUCCCUUUCAUAAAAUUACAUUUUUACAGCCUGGAUUGGCAUUGAAUAAA